AUGGUCAAGCUGAAGGAGGUUCAGAGGUUCACCCUGAGGUUUGGCUUUGAUUUAGUAUCCAGAAAUACCAAUGCCUCUUUAAAUGAUCUGAACCUCUUGGUUCCAUCUGCAACGGCAAGCAUUGUUCAGCACCGCCUGGGCCUGACCUUUACACAGACGGAGCUCCGGCAGCUCCUGCUGGCUCCCAGUGAAGCUACGAGGACUCGUCCCCUCUUGAAAAUCAGGCCUAUUCGUUGGGAUGGCGCGGGGGCGCCUCUGUGCGGUGGGACCUGCAGCUUGCGCUACUGCUGCUCGUCCAGAGAGGCCCGCCUGGAUCAGGGCCGGUGCCCUGGGGACCAUCAGCAGCCCAGCCCCAGGCCUCCGCUGCCAGUGCCCGUGUACCUGCCGUUCCUUCUUGUUGGGUCUGUAUUUGUGGCAUUUGUUGCUGGCGGUGCCUGUGUUGGAAUUUGCUGCUGCAAAUGCUUAAAAUCCCAGGAUGAGGAGCAGCAAAGUGGACUUGCACCUGGCCAGACUUGGCUACUAGAACCUGAUCUUCCUUCUCGCCCCUCCAGUUCCAGUUCUGCCACCAGAAGCUCACUGAGUAGUGGUCCUCAGACCAGCAACAUCUGCAUGACUUUAGCUCCAUCCCUUCCUAUUAUUGGGUUGGCUGAAGAUGCUCGGUUCUUAAGUCCUCCACCUACCAGUGGACAAUUCUUGCACCCUUCACGCGCUAACCACAGAAUACCAACUGAUCAUACCGCAAUCAUGGCUCCAGCGUCUUUCUUUAAAAGAACAAUUUAUGGACACAGUGCUAACGCAUCCCCUCUUGGGGUAACACAGGGUGACCAAAUCAUGUACUCAGGAGUUCAUGUCUGA